AGGAAUAAGAAUAGAGAGAAAAACGAGCCAUAGAGAGGGGCAGAUCAAGAUGGCGGCCCCCAUGGCAAGGUUGUUUACAUUGAGUCCUUUACCCAAAACACCGCUUUAUUAUGGCCUUCAGACACAGAGCCCAGCAGUAGCAGUGGCAGCGUGGUGCGGCCUACACACCUCUGCCGUCACGCAUAAGUACCCCAACUGGAAGAUGAUCAAGGAGGUGAAGAACCGCAAGGCCGUGAAGGAGUUUGCAUUCCAGCGCGUCAACAUCAAUGCGCUCCGGAAGAACAACAUCCUGCCCCCGGAACUGCAGGAGCUAGCCGACCAGGAGAUCGCUGCCCUGCCCAGGAACUCCAGCAUCUCGCAGCUACACAAGCGCUGUAUGCUGACCUCCCGACCCAGGGGCCUUGUGACCAGAUGGCGCCUCUCCCGCAUGGUUUGGAGACAUGAGGCUGACUACAACAAGCUGUCCGGCAUCCAGCGAGCUAUGUGGUGAUGCGCCAGGCAAGUCGCUGCCACUUGGGGAAAAAAUGUAUUUGUCGCGUUUUCUGAGAAUCGGGAAAAUAUUGAAAGGAAGACAAAGGUUGGAAUGGAAACAAAUCGUGGUUUUAUUGUUACAUAGAGGAAGAUUAGAAAAGAAAAGGGAAGUUAUACAUGUACAUAGAAUUUCAUAAGUGUUGCCAGUCCAUUUUAUUCUACACAGUGGUAUGUUAAAAUUAUCACACCCACACAAAGAACUUUUUAAUUGUGUUCCUUUAAUUGCUAAUAUAUUUUAAACAUGUGGAGAGCGAUACUGAAACUUAAUUAUCGCAUUUUGAAGUAAUUGUGUCUUAUUUGGCAUUGCUGAGUUUCAUAAGUGGUCUUCUCUCAUAUCAAAAGUAAACAGAAUCUUGAUAGCCUUGUGGAAUGAUACAUAAAAAGAAGAUAUACUUAUAAUGACGAUAAAGCACUUUGAAGUAAUUAUGUCUUUAUUUGGUAUUGCUGAGAUUCAUAAGUGAUCUUCCCUGAUAACAAAAGUAAACAGAAUCUUAAUAUCCUUGUGGAAUGAUGUGUAAAAUGAAGAUAUACUUAUAAUGACGAUAAAGCAUUUUGAAGUAAUUGUCUUUAUUUGGUAUUGCUGAGAUUCAUAAGUGGUCUUCCCUGAUAUCAAAAGUAAACAAUCUUGAUAGCCUUGUGGAAUGAUAUUUAAAAUGAAGAUAUAAUGACGAUAAAGAAAAAUAAAAGGAGAAGGAGGCUUGGUUACUGUAAGAAUUGAAGCUGCAAGGAAGUUAAAAUCAUGUGUCCAGUUAACGCAACCUCCAAAUCUCGAAAAAACAUGAAGUAGUAAAUAGAAGGACAUGAUUUAAGCCAUUGGUGUUUCUUUAUAUGGUCAGGUGCAUGCAGUGGUUGGCUUCAGAGUGUGUUGAUACUUACAUAAUGAUAUUUCUCGGCGGGGUUGUAAAGAACAGUUUAGAGUUUAAGGAAUUUUUAGCAAUCCAUACUUGCUAAUUUGUAUAUGCAACUAUUUGUUUUGUUGUUUCUUAGUAAACUGUCCAAGUCAA